AUGCUAUUGAAAAGGGUUUUCAAUUGGAUUCAUAAGAAUGUUUCGAGUUACAAUCUUUUCCUAUCGGAAGAAAAUGACUAUGACGAUCAUUCCACAGUCAAAGAUCCGACUGUUCUUCUCAAGUUACAAAAAUACAAAACUUGGUUGUAUUCCGUACUUCUCACAGUAUGUCUUUACGUAUUAUUCUAUGGAACUUUAAUACAAAUCGAAGCCGAAACAGUUGUAGUUUCUCCGAUCACAUUAGAUGUAUUCGAUCAACUGUAUGCUGAGCGAAGUGAAACUCUGGCAUGCCCAUGCUCAACCAUCACAAUUCCAUACAACAAAUUCCUAGUGAACAUCGUUAAAAUGCAUCCGGUUUGUUCGAGUAUUUUCGUGAGCAAAGAAUGGAUUGAUGGGUUAUAUCUCGAAAAUGCAGGUCUGUACGGUGUUUGGGAUUUUCGAAAAUCAGCCUAUGGACAGUUUGAAAUUCUAUCCCGAUUGUGUUCGCUAUCUCAAGAUAUUGUUACUGCACUGCAAAAUAGUGUGAAUAACACUGAACUUGUGACCAUUAAUCUUCUUUCCCGACGGCAAACUCAGCUAGAGAUAUAUAAUUCCAUUGAGUCUCAGAAGAACAAGGCGUUCAGUCGAAUGACAUCAUUCUUAAAUUACUGGCGAACAACUAUUGAAAGAAAUUAUUUAGCCUCAGCUUUCGGUACGAAUUGGGGGGUUUACACAUAUUCUAACGACGAGUCACCGUUUUCAAUUGGAUAUCAAACAGUAUACUAUGGUGAGAACUCAUUCACGAUAUCUUGUGGCCAGAGUAGUGAUAGUGUCAUUACCGCUGUUCUCCCUCUGCCGUCGAAUGAUUCCAGUGACUUUGAUCCAAUAUUUACAACCAUGCCCAUGUCUAACGUUACGAAUGUUAAAGGCUUUUUUCUGGCAUGUACUCCACUUGACGCACUCCUUGCGAGUACGUUGGAUUGCUUAUAUGACUUCGCCUGUCUUCAAUUGUUAUUCUACUAUUUUCAAAAUCUCAAUCAAACGAAUUUCAAUUGGAAUAACUCGAUUCUAUCGUCUCAACGCGAUAACACUUCUGUACUUGUUCAUUUUCAAAAUCUGUUUGUUGAAAAUUGGUCAACACAGAUGAGUUAUUCGACCUACUUUGACCUUUGCUCACCGUCAGCAUGCACAUAUUCGACCACAAGUCGCAGAAACUUAUCAUACGGCAUCACCCUGUUUAUCAGUCUAUACGGUGGACUAACUAUCAUACUUCGUUUAGUAGCAUCUCAAUGUAUUGAUCUCAUCUACAGAUGUAAAUAUCGCUCGACUGAUGCAGCAGAGGAAGAUUCGAACCAGCAAAAUCAAUACUCGUUCAAACCAAUUGUGUCAUUAAAGCAACUGAAUUUAUUUAAAAAUAUAAAUCUUCGGGCAGAGGAAAAUAUCCAACAGCAAAAGAUCACCACUCGUGUUUAUUUCAUUCUGUUGAUAGGAUCAAUGUUCGUUCUUUGUCUCGUUACAUCACUUGACAGUCAAAUCCAAACAAUAAUUGUGUCGAAUCCUUCGUUCACUACUUACACUUCAUUAGAAAGUAAAUAUUCCACGACACUUCGAUGCCCAUGUGCAAAUAAAACCAUGUUUUACCGAAGAUUACUUUCCUUGUCCCCAGUUUUUCAUCAAGUAUGUUCGAGUGGCUUCGUUCAGAGUGACUGGAUUGAACAAAUGAUCAAUAGUAUGCGGUACAGGAACCCUUACGAUUGGCGUGGAAACGCCUAUAAGCAAUUUCAGGUGUUAUCCGAUCUUUGUCAGUUAGCUAACCAAACCAUCAUUGCCGCGAUGGAUCGAUUUCUUUCACAAUCCUUUAUCGCUUCUUCUGUUAUGAAUGAAAUCGAUUUCAAUGAGCAAUUGAACGCAAAUCUUAAUCAAUUUUACCAAUCAACAGCAUAUACAUUUGAUCUAAUGAAUGAUAUCAUUCGAUUCAUUCAGCAAGUUAAUCAAUUCUACGAAGGAACGGUGAAACUGACGAACUAUUAUGACCCCAUUUUGCCCAUUAUUAGUAUAGAAAAUACAACAAAUAAUUAUUCAAUAGCACGGAUCGGCCUUCUUUUAUACGGCAUCCAGGAUAUUGACUCAGGAAUCACUACCUGUUUGUGUGCUACAAAUCCCUACUGCCAACGGCGAGCUAUCAUCUCUGACUUGGAUCCCAUUGUAGACUAUAAUUAUAUAUAUGGAUAUGGAUUUAAUCAUAAUCUUACUGGUUGGAUGGAGGGCUGUCUUGCGCAUGAUUCGAUUUUACUUUCUACACUCGAGUGUUUAUACGCAGAUUCAGAUUGUUUUCCUUUUCUGAUGAGUUAUAUCAUAAAAUCGAACACGGAUACGUUGUCGCUUCCGAUGUCAUCAUUUCGCCUUCAACCACUUGUUGACAAUUUGACAACGAGUCGCUAUCAGCCGAAUGCAACGGUUUCAAUGAUGGUCCAACAACUAAUGCUCGAAGAAUGGAACCUUGUUUCAUCGUACAGACGAUUUUAUGAUUCUUGUGCGCCACUAUAUUGUUCUUAUGCUGAAACUAUGCGCAGACAGAAUUUUUUUGGAGUGAUGAUCACUUUUAUAUCAAUGAUUGGUGGAAUUACUGUGACAUUACGUAUUUUAACACCUCAACUUGUCAAAUUUGCAUUGAGCCUAUUGUCAACAUGUGCAAGAAAGUCAAGUCGAUCUAAGCAAAGUAAUCAUCAUUCAUCUCUAGUUCAACGUCGAAAUGGUAAUCGAUUGAAAGUUCUGAUAUGGAAAUUAAUGACACUUAUCCGCAGUACAAUAGUCGGAUUGAAUAUAUUUCCGUUCCGCGCGUUUGGCACCGGCAUCGAUCGAGCGACGGCAAAACGCUACGGCCAAUGGGCAACUCGUCUCUAUUUCAUUCUAUUCAUCACAAUGCUCGUCAUCCUUGCCUUCUACACAGUUAUUCAACCACGAACUGUGACAAAAAAGUUCGAACAGCCAUCUCUUACCUAUUAUUAUAAUCACUUGAGAGAAAGCUAUGGCGAUGAUUUGAAGUGUACUUGUUCUAAAAUAGCAUCGACAUACCAUGAAUUUGUCAGUAUUCAACCAGUUUUUCAUUCGAUUUGUUCAAGUCAAUUCGUUUCCGACGAAUGGCGAGUGGGCCUGACAAAUGGUUUUGCUUCUAACUUAUCUGGUUAUGCGGCAAACGAUUAUCAUCGCUUUCUUUCUGCUCAUUUAUUCUAUCUGCAGCAAAUAUGUCAACAUUCGAUCCAGACAGCAAACAAUUCAAUAAAUGAGUUUCUCACCUCACUUUUAGUCACCAAUGAACUUUUGUCUGCGAACGACUUUUCCGAUCGUCUUAAAAUUUUAAUCGAACAGAGUAAGUCCAAUGCUCCGAUUUUAUUUUCUCAACUAUUGUUCUUUACUCAAACUGUGAUUCAUGGAAACGCGUUCAUAUCUACUUAUGCAACAAAUUUCCAGUAUGUGUAUGUCAUGAAUGGAACUGAUGCUCCCACUACACCUGCAGAAGCUCUAGUCUAUGAUGAUGAAUGCUCGUGUGCACGAUUUCCUAAUUGUACAACGCAAGCGAAUUUUAUCGAAGCGGAUUCGUCUGCAAACGUGCCAAUCAAAGGUAUAAAAGUCGGAUGCACACCAAGUGAAUCACUUCUGGCUUCAACUCUCGAAUGUUUCUAUGAUCAAUUGUGUCUUGAUCUUAUUCAACACUAUACAAACUACGAAAACUCAUCAACGCCUCUCUCAACAACUUCUAGUCAGUUUUCACAGAAUACGACUAUAGACGAACUGAGACAAAAUUUAUUUAUUGAGCGAUGGUUAACGAAGACAAACUAUUCCUCCUAUUAUCAACAAUGCUCACCUUUGUUAUGUACAUAUACGAGUAUUGAAAAUUUUAACAUACUGUAUGCAAUUACCCUCAUACUGGGUCUCCAAGGUGGUUUGACAAUCGUUCUGAAAUGGCUUUGUCCGAAAUUUGUUCGAGUUGCGUUGAAGAUUCAUCAGAAUCGAAAAACACGUACAAUUCUUAUCCACCCUGUUGUACUUAGCGGAACAAAUAUUCGACAUACGAAUUGGAAUGGUAUGAAGGCGACAAUGGAUACAACACUUCAAAAUAAUACCACGCCAUGCAGACGAUCCCUUUCGAAGAUAGUAUUUGUACUUGUUGUACUGUUGUGCAUAUUAUUGGGCGUUAUUUUGUUUUCAAUUUAUUAUGCUCGUCGAAAGCCGGCGUGUCAAUUAAUGGUGAAACAGCUAUCGGUAAAUACAACAUGUUCGAGCACAAAUUUUGGUCCAUACCUUAUCGCUGAUUUGAAUGACGAUAAUCAGAUUGACCUGCUUUUCUGUUGUGAUAGUGGUUACAUAAUAAACGUCUUGCUUGCCGAUUCGAACGGUUCAUAUGGAGAAGUCAUUGCAGUUCCAUCUGCUUUACCAUUUUUUUCAAGUAUUCUUCAAGUCAACGCUGAUGAUAUUAACAAUGAUGGUCUGACUGAUCUAAUUAUACUUAGUAGUUUUUUUGGUUCUGCAGGGGAGAUCUAUUUUUUAUUGGGCACCGAAAAUAAAACGUUUGAAAUAUCGAACAUAGACCCAAUAUUUGUUUCACACUACCCAACCGAUAUCAGUAUUGUUGAUCUCAAUAACGACACCAAUUUAGAUUUGAUCGUGAUAGCUCAAUAUACCAACGAAGUUUAUCUAUACUUCGGCGAUGAAAACAGAACCUUUUCAACACAAUCAACACUAUUCAUAGAAUAUACUAGCGAUCCGCGACAAUUGGCUAUCGCUGAUUAUAACAAUGAUAGUUAUAUGGAUAUUGCUGUGUUCAAUCGUCGUUCUCUUCAUAUUCAUGUAUUCUUCCAGAACACGGACGGCAGUUUCCAAUCUCCCAAAUGGCUUUACACUUCGUUUGAUACUUCUCAAGUACAAAUGAUAGCUGGUGAUUUCGAUCAUGAUCAUCAAUCCGAUAUCGUUUUCUUACACAGUUGGAAAAACACUGUUUCCAUGCGCUAUCGGUACCAGAAUGAGACUUUUCAUAGUAAUCAACAGGUAACUAUGCCGUCUUUUACAUCAUUGAGUACAGUAUCUGUAAGCCAUUUGAAUGGUGAUAAGUAUUUGGAUAUCGUUGUUGGUUCCAUUUCAUCCAAUAAAAUCUAUGGUCUCCUGGGAGACGAGAACGGACAGUUUCAGACACAAAUUAUUUAUUCGAGCGUUGUCAAUAAUCCUUUCAACGAUAUUAACGAUUUUAAUGGUAAUACUUGUCGAGAAAUACUUAACAUAAAACUUGUCAAUGAUGUUCUACAUGUUUUAAUCAAUCCGUGUCAAUGUCGUACACAUUAA